AAACCCCCCUGAAGGACGGCGAAGAAGCGGCGUCUUCCUCGGACUCUGCCGCAGACCCCGCGUCCUCGCUGUUCAACCACUGGGGUCGUGACCUGGGCCCAGAGAGCCGACGCGUUGCGCUCAAAAAGUUCCGCUACUUCGGCUACAACGGCUACCUGAGCGACCGCAUCUCCCUCACCAGGCCCAUCCCAGAUUUACGACCGGACGGAUGCAGAAACAUGUCUUAUUCGUCAGACCUUCCCCAGCUCAGCGUAAUCUUCAUCUUUGUCAACGAGGCGCUGUCGGUUUUAUUGCGCUCCGUUCACACGGUCAUCCAGAGGACGCCGUCCUACCUCCUUAAAGAGAUCAUACUCGUGGACGACAACAGUAACAGCUUGGAGCUGAAGGAGCACCUGCAGAGCUUCGUGGACGAGACAAACGCUCAGCACGGACCGGGGUUCGUCAAAGUGGUCCGCCACGCCAAGCAGGAAGGACUGAUCCGGUCCAGAGUCAGUGGAUGGAGGGUGGCCACUGCUCCUGUUGUUGCUCUAUUCGACGCACACGUAGAGUUCAACACUGGAUGGGCAGAACCGAUCCUGCAGAGAAUAAAGGAGGACCGAACCAGAGUGGUCUCGCCUUCCUUUGACAACAUCAAGUACGACACAUUUGAGAUCGAGGAGUACCCCCUGUCUGCUCAGGGCUUCGACUGGGAGCUUUGGUGUCGAUACCUCAACCCACCAAAGUCCUGGUGGAUGCUGCGCAACCACACAGCUCCCAUCAGGAGUCCUGCUCUGAUUGGCUGCUUCGUGGUCGACAGGAAAUACUUUGAGGAGAUCGGCCUGCUCGAUGAGGGAAUGGAAAUUUAUGGUGGAGAAAAUGUGGAGCUCGGCAUCAGAGUGUGGCAAUGUGGGGGCAGCGUGGAGGUCCUGCCUUGCUCCAGGAUCGCCCACAUCGAGCGCGCUCACAAGCCCUACACGGAGAACUUGACGGCCCACGUGCGGCGCAACGCUCUGAGAGUGGCUGAAGUGUGGAUGGACCAGUACCGGAGUCACGUCUACAUGGCCUGGAACGUCCCACUGCAGAACUCAGGGAUAGACAUCGGGGACAUUUCUGAGAGGAAGGCCCUGCGGUCCCGACUCAGAUGUCGACCGUUCAGCUGGUUCCUCUCCAACAUCUACCCAGAGCUGCGCUCGUACAGCGACACUGUUGCUUAUGGAGUGCUAAAGAACAGUCUGAGAGACGAGCUAUGUUUGGACCAGGGGCCAGACUCUGACAACAUUCCCAUCAUGUAUCUUUGUCAUGGAAUGACACCCCAGCAGAAUGUGUACUUCACCAGCUCCCAGCAGAUCCACCUCGGCGUUCUCAGUCCAACCAUCGACGACGACGACAACAAGUGUCUGGUGGAUGUGAACAGCAGGCCCAGGCUGCUGGAGUGCAGCUACGCAGCCACCAAACACAUGAAGCUCACCUGGACUUUCGCUCAGGGGGGAGCCAUCCAGAAUAUUGAGUCUCAGCGUUGUCUGGAGCUGGUGGAGAGCAAGCAGUCAGCCUUCACCUUCCAGCUGGCCAUUCAGGACUGCACUGGUCAGAAAUGGACCAUCACAAACAUUUUGACUGUCCUGCCGCAGUGAACUCUGUCAGGAUGGAGUUAUAAAGGAACUAUUAGAGUCCAAACAGAGGGGGACGUUUCCAAAAAAACAAAAAAAAUAAUCAACUCUGGACGAGUUUUUACCCAGAAUCUGGACAAGAAUACACGUGCUUCAAUCAUGCACGGACCAUCAGUAACUUAAUAACCUUUUUCUACCAAUGAAAUGAGCAAGGAGACAGUCACAGAUGGAGCAGAUGCUGUCGAAGCUAUUAAGCCUGCCAUUAAAAUGAGAUAUAUUAUGGUUUGUUUUUCGAGGGGAAAGGCUCAUGAAACCGUGGAAGCAGACUGUUUAUUGCAGGAGUGGGCUUGCUUUGUUAUUUUGGGUCCCUGUCAGCUUGAGAUGGUGCCUGAAACCCCAUCUGUCUCUUUGCAGAAUCAACAAAACAAGGUGUAGGACCAUAAUUCUAAAAUGUCUGAGUGUAUAGAUACUUGGGGGGCGGGGGGGGAGGGGGGACUGAGCGGAAAACCUGCCUGGAUGCAAAGCAGCUGAUGUUUUUGCACAAAUCAAACAUGGAGGGCCGUCAUUAGUCGUUAUCGUCCUGUUUGACGCAAGAUUGAAGACAUCAAAGAAGCUCCAAAGUCUGUCUGAGCAACGACAGAGUGAUUUAAACUCACAGCAUGAUAGAAACUCUGGCCCCUCAGAGGUUUUGUAGUGUGUUUCAAAACUAGAUGGGUACCUGCAGGGACCGCACACAUGUGGUCAAAGACAAGGACUUUAAGAUUUUAUGAAACACCUUUGUAAUCCUGUCGAGAUGACGAAGAACAACUGAAUUGGAAACUGAGCAGCAAAGACCUGAAUUCAUAAGGAUUUCAGAAAAACAUUUUUUUUUUUUUAUUGAGGACCCAACUUUCUUUCUUUCUAAACUGGCCAUAGCCAAGAAAGAAGUUACACUUAAAAAUGAAACAAUUAAACUUUUUAUUUUGCAGCACUUUCAUCACUUAUUGGCACCCUGGGUCAAAUGUCAGAGGAACUAACUUUUUACCUCAGUAAUAUAAUUUCACAGUGAACUUUGUUUCUGACAAACAACUUCUUCGUUAGGGAACAUUAUGCAGCUGAAUGACCAAAUGAAAACCCAUUUUCAGAUUCA